AUGGCAGACGACAGCACGUCGCCCUUUGGGCCGCUCUUGCUGGAGCUGGCCAGGAUGAGGAAGUCGAACCUCUCUGCCGCCAUCGACGACGUCGACAAGAUAAUUGAUCUAUUAAGCGCCGCCCGCGAUCAAGUGGCUGCCGAGGACGACAGCCACAGAACAAUGAUGGCCUUGACGACGCUGCAAAAUCCCGUCAAAUCUCGUCUCGAAGCGAUCAAUACAGAUUUGAAAGAUGUCAAUAAAGCCCAAAAAGGCUUUGGCAAGGCCUUGGACAAGGCCCUUCCACACCGUGAUCUGCCCAUGGAAACAGAUGCCAUGGACGACCAAUCCGCACUCAUCAACCGCGCUAUUGCCAUGCAUCUCCUCCGAGAGGGCCAGUUCUCCGUAGCCUCGAACUUUGUGCAGGAAGCACGCGACAACCCCCUCGACACACGGCACUUUUCACGGCCGACGCCCACACCGUCGCAGGUCGACGCGGACGGUGACGACGACAUGGACGAACCCGACUUUCACGAGGAUGAUGAGGAGGAGGAGGAAGACGACAACGACGACGACGCUUUUGAGAGUCUCACGGCGCAGCUCGACGGCCGGCACAGCGGCUUGCAGCAAAAGUUUGCCGAAAUGUAUAGUAUCUUGAGCGAGCUGCGGGGCCGCAACCUCUCGCCAGCCAUUCGGUGGGCGCAUGAAAACAACGGUCGCUUGGAGGCGAAGGGCAGCAACCUCGAGUUUGAGCUGUGCAAGCUGCAGUAUGUAUGGCUCUUCAAGGGUCCUGCCGUCAACGGGCUCCCCGACGACGCACACAACGGCCACGCAGGCGCGCUGCUCUACGCCCGCCAGCACUUUGGCCGCUUCCAGGCCCGGCACCUUGUCGAGAUCCAGCAGCUGUGCUGCGCCAUGGUCUAUGCCUCCAACCUCGAGGCGUCGCCGUACCGCCGCAUAUUUGCCAUUGAUUCGGCGUUUGACGACGUCUCGACGUCCUUCACCCGCGAGUUUUGCUCCUUGCUCGGGCUCGCCGCUGAGUCGCCACUGUACGUUGCCGUCACGGCCGGCGCCAUAGCCCUGCCCCGCCUCAUCAAGUACACGACGUACAUGCGCGAGAAGAAGACGGAGUGGACGACGGAGAAUGAGCUCGCCUUUGAGACGCCCCUCCCGCCGUCCAUGAUUUACCACCCCAUCUUUGUCUGUCCCGUCAGUAAGGAGCAGACCACAGAGAGGAACCCGCCCAUGCUGCUGCCCUGCGGCCACGUCAUCUGCAACGACAGUCUUAAGAAUAUUGCCAAGGGUUCGCGGUGCAAGUGCCCGUACUGCCCGACCGAGGGCCACGUUAGGGAAGCUAUUCGCAUUACGCUCUAA